AUGCCCCCUUCAGUUGAUACUAACAUUUUUCCAAAUGCUGCCAAUGGCACUACCGGGAACAAAAUACCAAUUUCUAGGAUUUGCGAGGCUAGGGGCAUGAAGACAUACCACUCGGACUCGUCUCAACAGACGCCCGGCGAAGUAGAGACUGAGUUUUUGAUAGUUGGUGCUGGACCCGCCGGAGCCUCUCUGGCCUGCUUCUUGACGAGCUAUGGUCUCAAGGGUAUCAUGAUUAGUUCAGCACCCGCAACGGCAAAUACGCCGCGGGCGCAUAUCACCAACAUGGCUGCUUUAGAAUGCCUUCGUGAUAUUGGCCUCGAUGAACAACUUCGUGAACUGUCCUCCGAAGGACAUUGUAUGACCCACACUAGAUGGUGUCAUAGUAUGGCUGGUGAAGAAUAUGCUAGGAUCCACUCAUGGGGUCAUGCGCCAGGGCGGAAGGGUGACUACGAAAUGGCUAGUCCCUGUUCUCCGAUUGAUUUGCCUCAAACUCUGUUGGAGCCGGUUCUCGUUCGAUAUGCUGCACAGAAUGGAUUCAACACGCGAUUCAAUACGGCAUUAUCAUCGUUUGAAAUUGAUAACGAGGGACUCAUCAUUGCCACCGUCCACGAUGAGGUUUCAAACAUCCAGUACAAGAUACGCACCAAGUAUCUUUUCGGCGCUGAUGGUGCACGCAGCCAGGUUGUCAAACAGUUGGACCUUCCCCUCUCCAUUAAACCUGGCCAAGGCCUUGCAAUUAAUGUUCUUGUCAAAACUGAUCUCUCUCAUCUCGUUGUCCACCGGCGAGGUAAUCUCCAUUGGGUCAUGCAGCCUGAUAAAGAGCACCCUGAGUUUGGCUGGCAGGGCAUCGUUCGUAUGGUGAAACCGUGGAACGAGUGGAUGUUUAUCUUGUUCCCUAACCGAGAUUGCGAUCCCAGUACUGAACCCUCGAAAGAGGCGUAUCUUCAGCGGGUGAGGGAUUUUAUCGGCGAUGACACCCCGGCGGAGAUUUUGGACGUGUCCAAGUGGUAUAUCAAUGAAAUUGUGGCAGAAAAAUACUCCGAGGGAAAUAUAUUUUGCAUGGGAGACGCCGUUCACAGACAUCCGCCCAUGAAUGGCCUUGGCUCCAACACAUGUAUCCAGGAUGCUUUUAAUUUGGCGUGGAAGGUCGCAUACGUCCAUAAGGGCCAGGCUCCGCCGUCACUACUAGAUACAUAUAGUAUCGAGCGCCAGCCCGUCGGGCGUUCAAUCAUCACUCGGGCCAAUCAAGCAUUCCGUGAUCACUUCAGUGUUUGGGAGGCUCUGGGAACUCUGCCAAAGGAAGUUGAAGUCCGUCGAAAGGUGUUGUCAGAGCUACGAGAGGCAAACCCGGAAGGGCGGAAGCGUCGCCUUGCCUUGCAGAAAGCAAUUACACAAACCUCGCAUGAGUUCCAUGGUCUUGGUGUUGAGAUGGGUCAAGUAUAUCAUGGCCCAGGAAUCUACGACGCGGACGAGCCCCUCCCAUACGAACGGCGUGGGCGUGCAGCAGAAGACGAUGUGUUAUAUUAUGAGCCAAGUACGCACCCCGGAUGCCGACUUCCUCACGUGUGGCUCAAUAAGGUGAUUCCCACGAAGCCGGUCUCGACAAUUGACCUGGCUGGACAUGGUGCCUUUACUCUUUUCACUGGCAUUGGAGGGGAUGCUUGGAAGGUCGCAGCUAACCAAGUUUCCGAGGAGCUCGGUGUUCCCAUCAAUGUUCAUUCCAUCGGUUUUCGUCAGGUUUGGGAAGAUGUCUAUUUUGACUGGGAGCGAUUGAGGGGUGUGAAUGAGGAUGGCGCGGUCCUUGUCAGACCUGACCGAGUAGUUGGCUGGAGGGCAAAGGCAGUACCCACAGCCACCGAAAGCUCUUGCAACAGUAGAUUGUCGCAGGCAAUACGUGCCAUCCUUGGGCUACAUUCGGAAGGCAAUUUGUGA